GAGUAGUGUUCUCUUGAGUGCCGGCCAUUUUAUCUCCACCGGUUGACACGCCUGCCUGCACCCGUCACCGUUCCCGCUUCCCCUAACUCCGCUCCAAAACCCUACACCAACUUCCCUCGACACCUCCAUCGCCAUGGCGCCGCCUCUCGCCGGCGCUCCUAGGGCGCUGGAGCGACAGCUCCUACAGGCGGCGAUCGACGGCGACCUCCGCCGCUUCAAGGGGACGGUAACGGCGCUGGAUGCCGGGAAGGGCCGCCCCAGGGAGGCGGUGGAGGCCGUGAAGGAUGACGGCGCGGGGGCCUUGCACUUAGCCGCCCGUUGCGGGAGGACUCCAGUGUGCGCCUACCUAGUCGAGGAGCUCCGGGUGGAUGCCAACGCCUUGGACGACUCAGGCAUUACACCCCUGGGUCAUGCGGUUGGUGCUGGAAUGGUGGAUAGUGUGAGGUAUCUUCUUGAUCAUGGUGCCAAUCCAGAUAAGACUGGUAAAGAAGGGUGUACUCCUCUACAAUUGGCAGUUGCAGAAGGGAACUGUGAAGUUUUAAAAGUCUUGCUUUCAAAAGGAGCUGAUGUUGAUGCAUUGUCUUAUUGUGGAGCGGCACUGCAUAUUGCUGCUAUAAGGGGGCAGUAUGCUGCUAUGAAGAUUUUGUUGGAACAUCAUGCAGAUUGUAACGCGGUAUUUUCCACUUGUUAUACACCUCUCAUUGGUGCUCUCACUGCGGGCUCACUGAAAUGCGUGAAGCUUCUCAUUAAGGCCGGCGCUGAUGUGAAGGGUCUCGGUAGUGCUAACCCCCUAGUAGUUGCAGCAACUGAGGGCUUAACUGAUUGCCUCAAGUGGUUACUGGACGCUGGUGCUGAUCCUAAUGUUCCUGAUGAUUUUGGUCACCUGCCAAUAGAACUUGCUGCAUCUAACAAUAGAAGGGAAGAUGUUAAGAUCCUACUUCCAGUAACUUCCCGUAUUCCAUCGGUGCAUGAUUGGAGCAUUGAUGGGAUAAUUAAUUAUGUAAAAUUGACACUGGAGGAUAAAAAUAUGUACAAAACAAAACCAAGCAAUAUGAAGUUGGAAGGAAACAAAGCAUACAAGAGAAAGGAUUAUUCUACUGCAGCAACACUAUACUCCCUGUGUUCACAGUUCACAACAUUAAUAUGUCAGAAGUAAUACUCCUGCAAUGAGUGACUGUCUCCUGCAAUGAGCUUUCAUCAAAAGCCACCGUUAAUUUAAUUGACAAUAAGGCAACAAGCCCAAGUUCUUUUUAUUUACUCCCUCCGAUCCAUAUAAGUGUAGGUACAAAGUUGUACUAACUCUGUACUAAAUCCCCGACACUUAUUAUGGAUCGGCAGGAGUAUAAUAUCCCCUAAUAUAACCAAUGAAUACAGAAUGACACUUAUAAUUUUUUUCGAUAAAGGGAAUAUAUUAAUAUCGAGAGAUACCAAUUACACCCAGCCUCUGCAACAACGCACCACCCUAAUGGCACUACGGAUGCACACAGCCAAAAAAAGGAAAAGAAAACUAAGAAACAAAAGUCCUGCUACAGUAUCACGGACCUAACAACAGCAAUACAUCCACCACCAUGACAACACCUGAAUUGCAGACUCUCCAAAAAACGACGCCUCCAAGAAGGGAACAGUGCUCCAACACCGUCGUCGCCCGAUCAAAGAUCUUAGGUUUUCACCCUGAAGAUAGUCCCCACUCUCAAAACAAUGCCUCCAUCAAGGUCACUGCCAGGCACAACCAGUUAAGGCCAGACCUUGGGUUUUCACCCUGCAAGGUAGGACUCUGCGCUUCACAUGUGUUGUCGCCCCCACUUUCAUACCGCUGCUGUGAAGCCCGGACACCAAGCAAGCCCCUCAACAGCGCGGAGACUUGAACCUCCCUUAGCUAGUUCUCCCCUCCGGCCUUCAUGAAAUUCUCUUCUUCCGACUUUCAUCAUGGAUCCAUAGUUACUUGAUGUCAACACAGAAAAAGAGCUUCGCGCCGCUCCCUCCAGAACCAAACGGAAAAUGACACUUAUAAAUGCACGCUAUUGCGUCUAACGCUGCUUGUUGGUUCCUCCGAUUGUGCAUGAGCCUACCAUGCGGUUCUAUGGCAUACCGAAUGUGGAUGGAAUAUUGAAGCUGUUAUCUGAAUGUGUCACCAAAAUAAUCUGAAUCAUAUUCCGUUGGCAACUGAAUCUAUCCCAGUAUACCACUUUAAUUCUGAUUAUGUAGCUGUGGAGCUGUUCCACCUAUGUUGACUUGAA